AUGACAGUCCUUGCAGUGUUGAUUCAGAUCCCUCUGUCGGUUUAUGUGCUCAAUGUGAAGAUCUCAACGUUUUCGACUACUUUGUUGCAGCCCCUUCGGUCUCUCGUGGACGACAUGGUGGCGAUGUCCAGCCUGGAAUUAGUUGGCAUCGACGAUCACACUGCCCCCGGCACGUCGAUGUUGAGCAGCAAAAACUCGAAAGACAAAAUCAAGACUGCAGAGGAGCUUGAGAACCUCAACACGGCUUUCCGUGCCAUGCGCAGCGCUAUCAGGUCCUGGUCGCUUUUUGUUCCCCCCUCUGUGGUGGAACGCUUCUACGAUGCAGGCCUAGAGGCGAAAGUCGGAGUGACCAGAUGCGAGGUAACGGUUUUGUUCUGUGACAUCGAAGGCUUCGAGGAGACUUGUCGCGAGAUGGAUCCCGACGCCGUCCUGAGCAAGCUGACAGGUGUCUUGGGGACCAUCGCAGAUGAAAUACAGCUCCAGAAUGGGACGUUUCUGGAGUUCAUCAGCGAUGAGGUCAUGGCCGUGUUCAAUGCACCCAACAAGCUGCCUAACCACGCUUCAGCUGGCUUGCUGUGUGCCCUGGCAAUCCAGAAGGCUGUCGUCCAGCACAAAGUCCUGGUCGGGAAUCAGGAGAAGCCGAUUCGGUGUCGAGUUGGAGUCCACACAGCUUCCAUCCUUGCAGGGAACAUUGGUUCUCACCAGAGGAUCAAGUACGGCUUGCUGGGGGACGGUGUGAACCUUGCGGCGCGCAUGAAAGGCUUGAAUACCAGAUAUGGAACCUGCACACUCUGCAGCCAAAAUGCGCUGUCGGCGCAACAAAUACCCUUGAACCUCGCAACCAGGCCGGUUGAUCUGGUGGCCGUGAAAGGCAAGAGUGAACCCACCAAGGUUUGUGAAGUCAUUGGCUUCAUGAAUGAGCACCCGUCGCUGGCAGAGGCAGUGAGACGUCACCAGCUGGCCUUCGACCUAUACUUGGGCCGGAAGUUCAAGGAGGCCAUGGAGAAGUUCGAGGAGGUGUCUUCUCUCCUCGCAGUCGCGGACAGACCAGAUGAUGAGACGUCCAACAUGAUGAUUUGCAGAUGCGAGGAGUACAUGAAGAAUCCUCCGCCUCCCGAGUGGGAUGGGGUGGAGCAUCUCAAGUCAAAGUCGUUCGGCGUGCCGCAGCGGCAGAAAAAUCAGAUAAAGGAGAACCUCAUCGGCAACGCGCAGCAGGAGAAUGAUGCGAAACUUGCGCAAGAGAUGGCGAAUGGAAUUUUGCCGGCUGAAUCCGUGGAGUCACAUGUGCUUCUGGUAGAAGAUGGCGACGGCAAGGACGAUGGCAGCAGUGCGAAACGGCCCUGCGGAGCAGGCUGCGCCUGGCAAAGCACAUUUUGCCAAAGCCCAGAGGGCGAGCUACAAGGACCUCACGCCGGCCAGGCGAAAACUGAUGGUGCAGCUUCUGGCAUGGUGGGCAUUUGA